CUUGCGCAGAUCGCGCACUCAUCGGAGAUGCUAACGCGCGCAUUGCCCUUUUGUGCCUUAUAGAGAGAAGCGAUGCAAGGGGAAGAAGGCCAAGGCGAUGCGUCGCUCGAGAAGAUCGCCAAGGACAUUACGACGCCCAGCUCACCGCGUUCACGCAGGUCGGGCGACAGUAAGUAGUUGCAGCAGCAGCAGCAUCGCGUCGAGCGCGGACGACGGCGAAGGUGAAGAUGUUGCGGUCGGUAAACGAGGGACACGCAAGCUGGCAUUGGUCCUGUGUAGCAUUAUUCAUUCACGACGAGCAUGCUCUUCCCUAUCUGCCCCUCUCCGUCAAGGAUGUGCCCUGGUUCGCACCUUUGGUGCUUCAUUGAGGGUUGAUACACAUAGAUGAUUCCCGCUCGUGACUUACCAGCCAGCUCUCGAACAGGCCGGUACCAGCAGAUACAGUCAAAUGUUGCAUCUAGACCUCGCACGAGCUCAAGUCGAGUUUGAGUAGACCACACUGGGGAGUGCAUUUUCUUGGGCACUACGACAGUGCGCGACUUGAAGGCGUUGUUGCGUUGCCCCUUCAGUGUGGGACUUU